ACAAAUGCCAGGCCUUACUAUUGGAGAUGACCUUCCUAAUCUUCAAGUAGAAACAAAUCAUGGAAAGAUGAAACUCCAUGACUAUGUUGGUGAUAGCUACACUAUUCUAUUUUCUCAUCCAGGUGAUUUCACGCCAGUAUGCACGACGGAGUUGGCUAUGAUGGCUGCUUAUGCUAGCAAGUUCGGUGAGAGAGGAGUUAAACUUGUGGGACUUUCUUGUGAUGAUGUUCAGUCUCACAAUGAAUGGAUCAAGGAUAUUGAAGCUUAUAACAAGGGACAAAAAGUGACAUACCCAAUCAUUGCUGAUCCCAAGAGAGAAUUGAUUAAGCAACUCAACAUGGUGGAUCCUGAUGAGACAGAUUCCUCUGGCCAUAAGCUUCCUUCUCGUGCCCUUCACAUCGUAGGCCCUGACAAGAAGAUAAAGCUGAGCUUUCUGUACCCAGCAAGCACUGGAAGAAACAUGGAUGAAGUGUUGAGGGUGGUAGAAUCACUGCAGAAAGCGGCAAAGUACAAAGUUGCAACCCCAGCAAACUGGAAACCGGGAGAGCCGGUGGUAAUAGCACCCAGUGUCUCCAAUGAAGAAGCAAAGGAGAUGUUUCCACAGGGUUUUGACACUGCCAAUCUUCCAUCUGGCAAGUCUUACCUCCGCUUCACCAACGUUUAA